AUGCCUCGAGAAAGAAGAAAGUGGACCGAGGCAGAAGACGCAACACUGCGGGACGCAGUCUUGAAAGGAGGAGACUCAGCCUGUGACUGGCAUUUGAUUGCCUCCUGUAUCCCUGGACGUACCAACAAAGAUUGUCGAAAGAGGUGGCAUUAUAAGGUUGCAGCGACUGUCAAUAAAGGUCCCUGGGAGGUUGCUGAGGAUGAGCGGUUGUGGGCAGCUGUUCAGGAACAUGGAAGUCGAUGGGCGCUCGUUGCACAGGUUGUUAAGACGCGAAACGGGGAUCAAUGCUCGAAAAGGUGGUAUGAUGCGUUAGACCCAAGUAUCGAUCACAGCCCAUGGACACCCGAAGAGGAUGCCAGACUGCUAGAAGCCAUCAAUAAAAAUGGUCGUAACUGGAAAGCUAUUGUAAAAGCUUAUUUCCCACGUCGUACAAGCCUUUCGGCCAAAAACAGAUACUCGUUAUUGAUCAGAAAAAUGGAGCCAAAGACCAAACAUUCCGGAUCUCAAACGGGAGCUCAAAAAAAAUCAAGCUCUCCUAACAUCAAAGCACCGUCUAAGCUACAGCAGCAGGAACACCCCCAAGAGGCAACAUCCCCAGUAAUUAUGGCAAAUUCAUCACCCCAGUUCCAUCAGCAAGGUUUGAGUCUUGAUGCAGAUCGACAACUACGUUCCAAUUCCUCCUCUUCGGCACAAGAUACUAUUACUGGGGGGUCAAUUGAUGCUCUUUUUGCUCAAACAGGCCGCCAGCAGCAGUACAAUGAAGAUCCGCCCUCCGACAAUCAAGACCAAAUAAUGUAUGGAAGCCCUCUCAGCGGGCGCAAAAUGACGCCCGAUGUUCAUGGACCUCCAUACACCUUCCAAACCUCAGAGUGCCCACCGUUGUCACCCACUGACUGGUCAUUAUUGACAUCAUCUUCAAAUGCUGGCAGCACACCUGAAGCAACCUUCCCAAACAACACACCGCCUGGUUCAAACGAAGAAAUGUCAAUGUUUUUCAACGGUCUUCAACUCAACGCUAACCGACUCCGCUCGGUCUCUUACGGUUCAAGCACUUCUAAACACGCUGCAGAACAGAUGAUAUCUCGGUCGCUUUCCCUAGACCAAACUGCGUUACUAGAUUAUAAUGGCAUGGUGGAAGAAGCAGGGCCUCUGAGCAGCCUACUGCAAGGAUAUUCUCCAAAUGUGCAGUCAGAAAAUAUGGGGCAGCGAGUCGUAACUGUUUUAAUCAACUCAGAGGUGUCUGAAACAGUCAAUAGGAUUGUUAAUCAGAUCGGAAGCGAGGAUGGAGUUAGUAUUGCUAUCCACCUGGGGUGA